GGUGGAGAUUUCUUCCGCAGCUGUGUUAAUGCUCGCCGAAGACGUCUGACGGAGUCAAAUUUGCGCUACAUAACGAUUAAAUUGAACCGAAACGAUGUCUGUAAAUCACUGUGGUGAAUGAACCCAUCGUGUAUUAGGCGCAAUAAUUGACAAAACGCCUCGCUUGGGUGCUGUAAAGUUGUAAAUGAUCAUUGGCACUGUUUUUCUGGAGCUGCUAUUGAAACAUUGUAUCCGCAGUAAAUUCACAUCACCUCGUCCUGUCUCACCUUUCUUCACAGGUGGAGCAUGAGUAUGUUGUGGGGGUCCUGCUGCAAUGCGUGCUAUUGGCUGUAGGAUGAACCUGCCAGCAGUGCUGAACGGCCUGCUGGUGUCAGUGGUGGCAGCUUUGCUUUGGAAGUACGUUCGCCUGAUUGAACACACGUCCCAGCUAGAGGAGGAGCUGCAGCUCACACGCCAGUCGCAGGAGUUCUCGCAGGUGCAUAUCGACUACCACGCCGCCCUGUUAGCGCUCCAGGAGCAUGGUACCAGAAUGGUCUGCACCGGCAAGAUGCACACAGACCGCAUCUGUCGCUUCGACUACCUCUGCUACUGCUCAGAGGCAGAGGAGUUUGUAUUCUUCCAAAGCAAUGCCUCCGUGAUGCUGCCAAACCUUGGCCCUCGACGUUUCCAACCCGCCCUGCUGGACCUCUCCUCUGUAGAGGACCACAACACUCAGUACUUCAACUUUCUUGAGCUCCCAGCUGCAGCUUUGAAGUUCAUGCCAAAACCUGUGUUCGUGCCAGACGUCACCCUUAUUCUGAACCGCUUCAACCCCGACAACCUCAUGCACAUCUUCCACGAUGACCUUCUGCCCAUCUACUACACCAUGCAGCAGUAUUCAGACUUAGACGAUGAGGCCAGGCUCGUUUUCAUGGAGGGCUGGAGCGAGGGGGCACACUUCGAUCUCUACCGCUUGCUCAGCACUAAGCAACCUCUACUCAAGGAGCAAUUGAAGACUUUUGGGAAACUCAUGUGCUUCACUAAAUCCUACGUGGGACUGUCAAAGAUGACGACAUGGUAUCAAUACGGCUUUGUACAACCGCAAGGACCCAAAGCCAACGUUUUGGUAUCGGGUAAUGAGAUUCGUCAGUUUACUUCCUUUUUAAUGGAGAGGCUUAACAUCACGAGAGCGGAGAAGAUGGAGGAUGAUGGAUACAUUGUUGUUUUUAAACGUACCACUAAUCGGCUAAUCCUUAAUGAGGCUGAGCUUAUUCUGGCUUUAGCUCAAGAGUUUCAGAUGAGGACUGUCACUGUGUCCCUGGAGGAGCAGUCAUUCGAUAGCAUCAUCCAAAUUAUUAGUGGGGCUUCCAUGUUGGUCAGCAUGCAUGGAGCCCAGAUGAUCACCUCCAUGUUCUUGCCCCGUGGCGCUGCUGUGGUCGAACUCUUCCCCUAUGCUGUAAACCCAGAGCAGUACACCCCUUACAAAACCUUGGCCUCCUUACCAGGGAUGGACCUUCAGUAUGUUGCAUGGAGAAAUACCAUAAAGGAGAACACGGUUACAUACCCCGAUCGCCAUUGGGACCAGGGCGGCAUCAUCCACUUGGACAAAGAGGAACAAGAACGUAUCCUUGCCAGCAAAGAAGUGCCGAGACAUCUUUGCUGUCGUAAUCCAGAGUGGCUUUUCCGCAUUUACCAGGACACUACUGUAUACAUUGCCUCUUUUCUAGAUGUACUCCGAGAGACUUUGAAAACCAAGCCUAAUCUCAAAAAGUAUAAGGUGGCCAGCACAGUACAUCCUGGUCGAGUGAGAGAGCCCAAGUGCCAAACGUCGGUACAUGCCACAAAUGAAGCAAAGCUCUCGGUUUCAUGGCAGAUCCCUUGGAACCUGAAGUACCUAAAAGUUAAAGAGGUGAAAUAUGAGGUUUGGAUUCAGGAGCAGGGAGAGAACACAUAUAUGCCUUAUAUUCUGCCCCAUCAGAACUACACCUUCACAGAGAACAUCAAACCCUUUACCACAUAUCUAGUAUGGGUGCGCUGCAUCUUUAACAAGAACCUCUUGGGCCCAUUCGCAGAUGUUCUUAUAUGUAAAACUUGAUUCAGGUUAAAUUCAACACUGUCAUUCACAGAGCCGGUGGAGAAUAGUAUGUGGAUUCAUUGAGAAUUACAAACGUAGUUUUUAACAUCGGGGGUCACUGUUGUGGUCUUUCGAUUGUUCCUUAUGGUCCUUAUGGAGUGCCAUAAUGUGGUGAAGAAUAAAAGGCUGCAGGACAUGCACAAUUUACUGGACUGCCAGUCCGUUUAGAAGUCCUCAAAUACUUUAUUUAUUAGAAAUGUAUUACGUCACUUACGUUUGUAUUUAUACUGUAAGCAAAGACACUGGUGUUGUCUGAUAUCUGCUUUUGUUGACUGUGAGACUGCAAACAUUUCUGUGAUUUAGCUGACAAUGAUCUGAAUUGUACUGUAUGUGACUUUGUGAGUGUGAACUCUCCAAGGUUUUGCGUUAUAUUUUUGCAAUGAUUUUAGCCUUUUUAAUUAGAAAGUGUAGUGUGAAAUAAAAGCAAGUAAACAAAAGAGCUAAGUUUCAAGAUAUACUGACUGUCUACUGUUUUUAAACUACGCUGUCGUUUUUUUGUUUGUUUAAAUUGACUGUAGUUUAUCUGCAGUUUGUUUAUUGUAGUUUUCCAGCCAGCCUCAAAACCACUUAUUAUUGUUUACCUGAUCAAUAUUGUUUGCCAGUGAGAUAACAAACUGCUGUUUGUAAGAAUCCCAUUACAGUCAGCAGUCCCUUUAAUCUUUUAAGUGACAUAAUUUGACAUACUGCAUUCAGAAUUUUUGCAAUUUUAUUUACAACAUUAUUGUCAGCAUAUCAGCAGUUAGAUCUAUACUGAGUAAUGGUGCAGUGAUCGUUUGGUUGGUAGCAGCAUAAUGGUAAAACUUUUGUUUAAGGAAAUAGGUUCAAACCUUGGAUGAAAUAAUACUGCAGCUAUAUACUGUGGUUACUGAUAGCUGGUUUGGGGUAAAAAGCAUUUACGAAAUGUAAAUUUGAGUAACCGUACGUCACCACCUGUGACUGCAUAAGCCUUAAAUAAUACAAUAUUGAAGAUGUACUUACCAAGUAGUUAUUUCAUACGCUAUGUGCAGAAACCACUGUUGAGAUUUGCUUUCCUGUUAUUUAAGAAAGUAAUAAACAUAUAAUAUCUAUAUUACAGACUGCUGUAGAAAAAGACAAGACAUUUGUUUUAUUUUUAUUCUUUAAAUGCUGUUCAUGUCCUUCAACUGCAGUUCAAUAAGGACGAGCUGUGUUAUGAUGACUGGUGGAUUAUUUAUAAUAUGGAAAAUAUCUAUGAAAAUUAUUUGAGGUAGACUUGGAGAGUUAUACAGAUUGUAGCCCAGGUUUGAUAAAGCUUGCACUGUUUCAAAUUGUAUUUCAGUUGGUGCAGUUUCACUGCUGUGAUCAAUGAAUGAAACAAAAAAUAAUCAUAAAAAACCCCCACAUGCUUUUCCCCUCCAUAUUAGUCUAUAAAGACCUCAAGGCAUCUGUAUUUUUGCACAGCAAAAUCGCCAGUGUUAAAAAAUGUCAAAUUAAUGUAUAGGAUUAUAUAUACACUGUGAGUGUUAAUUUGACCUUUUUUAACACUGGCGAUUUUGCUGUGUGGUAACGCUUUACAAUAAGGUUAUUUGAUGAGCAAUAGCCUAUAGUUUCCCAGCAUUUACUUGUCUUUGUUAAUGUUAAUGCCAAUACAAUUGUUCAUGUUAGUUCAUUUUGCAUUAACUAAUGCAACUAAUUAACGAUUUUAAACAUGUAUUAGUAAAUGCUGCACAAACUAACAAUGAACAAUACAUUUACAGCGUUAAUUCAUAUUCAUACUGUAUUAGUUAACGUUAACGAAUGCAUUAACAAAUGCACUGUAUUGUAAAGUGUUACUGUGUUUUUAAAUCACUGAGGUCAUAGUUUUAACCCUGUCCUUCAGUUUGAGGACGUUCUGCUUCACAUGGAAAUCAAUUCGACUGAUGCUUGAACAGAUUAAACCAAGAACGUUUCUAAUUGAUAUUCGGAAACCUCAGCCAUGCAGUUUAUUAGCAUAACUCUGUGUUUUCAUGGUAAUUUUAUUCAUGUAAAGUACGAGGAUAAUAAAUUCAUUCUGUUUGUAAUACAAAACUGCAUAUAAUAAGAGAGAAGAGCAAGCUAGCAUCGGUAGUCUCUAUUUUUACCAGCACCCUGUUAAGAAAAGAUUGGUCAUGGUUGGACGCUUCUCUGGUUUCUCAUUCUCUAAUUUCAAUCAUUAGAUGGGAGUUUAAAAUGGAAAGUUGUGUAGAGCUGGAGUUCCAGUAAGCCCUCUUGUUCCUCAUGCCAGUUUAUAGCAUUUACCUUUAUGUGCCACUGUUACUUUUAUUAAAUGUACGAUU